AUGGCUGUCAAAGAAGAAGUCGACUUUCCAAGAGCUCAGCGGAAACGAUCAGCAAAAGCGCAAGAUGAAGAAAAUGAAGUCGUCAAGGAGAAGAAGCUUUCGUUAAAGAGUUUCCCAAAGAAACUUGCCGCAGAAGGUCAGUCAAAAGUGAAGAAACGCAAAGAGAAGAUCGAUGACGAGUUCAGCGGAGUGUGGACAGCACCGGUAAAAGCAGAGGAUUUGACGGAAGGCGUUUUUGGAGUUGGCAUUGUUGAAGAGAUCCGCGACACAGAAGUGAUCUUGCGAACCGCGGGCAACUUGCAAGUAUCUUUGCCAGCUGCUAAUAUUGGGAAGAAAUUCCUCGAACAAGCCAAGAAGAACGAGGUGACAUUGGAGGACGUUGUGGCGAUAGGACAAAUGCUCAGCUUUCGGGUACAAGGGAAACCAAGACGAGUUGAAGAGAAAAAGACAAAGAGAAGCGCUUUGCCUAUCGUAUCUUGCACUCCAUCAGCCGUCAAUCAGCACAUCGCUUUGUCCCACUUGGUACCAGGGCUAGUUCUGACGGCAAAUGUAACAAGUAUUGAAGAGAAGGGUACAAUUUGUGACAUUGGAAUCGCCGGUCAUUCGGGUUUCAUCGCUGGUGUUGCUUUGUUACAAGAAAGUCAACCUAUCAUGGUGCGAAUCGAAAGUGUCAAGUCACGAAUCGUGAACCUGUCAUUGCAUGUCGAAGGGGAGAACCUUGCCGAUUCAGCUCUAGAGGAUUUUCACUUGAACCAUUUGACGCCGGGGACUAUUCUAUAUGGAGAACCCGAAAAGCACACCCCAAAUGGAGUCUACGUCAAUUUGGGAAACAAUGUUCGUGGCUUCAUUUCAUCGAGACUCCUUCCUCCACGCCUUCGUGUUGAUCCGUCAAGGCUGGUGAAAGCGCUUCGAGUGAUCGUCUUGUUCUGCCAACAGAACUCGAACCUUCUCGUCCUUGGAGGCCAUCCAGACAUCAUUGCCAUCAGCAAACCGGAGAAGCGAACCGUAUUUCAAGGCAUUCAAAUCGGAGACAUCAUCACAUGUCGUGUCGCUUCUGUUGGCCCAAAAGUCGUUUUGAUGACUCUACCAGAAGAUGAAGACGGAAAGCAAAGUCUGAUCUCGGUUGUGGCCGGUGUCAAAGCUCUUCAAAAUCCCAACAAAAUUGCUGAAACGUGCAAGAUCAACUCUGAGCAUCUUUGUCGGGUGACUGGCUUCAACACGAUUGAACGGACAAUCUACGUGUCAACGAAGAAAGAGGUCUUGAAUCAGCAAAUGAUCUCUUACAAGGAUGCUCAAGUUGGAGCCAUUGUUGAUGGUAAAGUGGUCUCGUAUGCAAGGAUUGGGCUCUUUGUCAGGAUUUUCGAUAGCAUUAGCGGCUUUGUCCCGCUCAAAUGGGCCACAGAACGAGCGGUGAAAGAUCUCGAUAAAAUCUUUCCAAUCGGUAACAAUGUCCGUUUACGAGUCCUUUCCACUGAUAUCGAACAUAAAAACCUUGUGCUCACGACGAGACAGAAACUGGUGAACUACAAGGGAAAGCUUGUCACAGAAUACACAAAGAGCAUGGAAGGGAAGACGACAAUCGGGCUUGUCACCACGAUUUUUGAUCAUGGUGCUGCGCUAAUCGCCUUUUUCAACAACAUUACCGGAUACAUGCCGGCGGAACAAGUGAAACAGCUUAAAACGGAGAGCCCAAUACGCGAAGGAUCAAUUGUUGAAGUCUUGAUUUCCAAUUGCGAUAUCGAGAAGGGGAGAUACUUGGUGCAUACCGUUGACGGUGUGAAAGGCUCGGAAGUGAAGAAAUCUGAGAAGUCAACAAAGAAGGAGAAGUCGGCUGACGUCAAACUCUUCGGGAUUUUCACCGGAAAAGUGGUUGGUCCUUGGAAAGCAGAAGAUGCACACGAAAGGGGGAAAUUUGGAGUCGAGAUACUUAUGCCAAACAAUAAGAAAGGUCGCUUGCACGCGAGUGAGCUGCCAGAGAAAUACCUUGUCGAUGGGACAAAGCCAAUCGAGCGAUUCUUGAGCGAAAUGAAGGGGAAAUCGGUGAACGUGAAAGUGAUUGGAUUUAUUCGAAAAAAGCAACGAGUCCCCGAGCUCACCAUGCAGGCGUCGAAGUUGACCGAGACAAAGAAGAAACAAAAGUUGUUCGAGUUCAAGAAUGACUAUCGCGCUGGGGAUCUGAUUCCCGUGUUUUCCUUUGGCGCUGAAGAUACGGCUUUGCAGAGAAAGUUCGAAGUAACACCGGUGUUCACGGCUUUGUUACCGAGGCAAAAGCUGCCAUUGGCUAAAUUGAUUACCGAUCCGAACGCUGCCUCAAAACUGGUGGAUGUCGACUUUGAUGAAGGGGAGAUGCGACUGGCUCGAGUUGUGGGGCUCAAUCGAAAGGCCCGUAUUGUGGACAUAACAUUUGCUGAGAAUGAGGACGUUGAGAUUGGGGAAACGACGCCCGGACGAGUGUUGAGUGUCUCCACUGCUCCACACGGCAUCCUCUUCCAGCUGGCCAAUGGGCAACUCGCACAUCUUGGCCCUAGUGGUGUGACGAAUCUCUACAAGAAGACACACACCUCGAUGCGAGAGUUUUCGCAUGGACAACUCUACAACGUUGUCAUUGCCUCACAAGCGGCUCCCCAUGCGCCGAAGAAGCAAACGUGGGAGGUGGUCACUGAAAAACGAUGGACACAGCGAAAAGCCGGAACGAAAAACAGACUGUUAACGUUGAUGUCAGAUGUAGAGAGUGCUGCGGAAUUGCAAGGUUUUGUGAUCAACGAAAGUCCGUGUAUUGUUGAGCUAGGAGCUGGAGUGCAAGCAACGAUGCAGACUGAGGGUGUUGACGUGAAAGUAAAUGAUGUCGUUACCGUCAAAAUUCAAGGAAUCGAUGAGUUGAAGAAAAUGCUUGGCGCUAAGUUGCUUGAGGUUGUUCAACGGGCAUGCCUAGUUGAGAAAGAUCCACACUCCAGCUCUGAAAGUUUUCCAGUCAAGAAGAGGAAGAUGAAUCAAAGUUCCGAAGCUGAACGUGUUGAGUCUGGAGCGUCAAUAAAGAGUAAAACGGAGAAGAAGCAAGUCGAUCCAGGAUGGGAAUUUUCAGCCACCGGAUUUAGCGCUGAGGAUUUGGUCAAGGUAACGAAGCUGUUAGACGAGGAUGGCAAGCCGGGGGUCGCCGAAGUGAAAAAAGAAGAAGCUACUGAAAAUGAUGGACCUCCAAGCAAGAAAAGAAACAAAACCGAACGAAUUAUUGAUGUCGAGAAGGAGUUAGUUGCUGCUGAAUCACGAAUAAUUGAAGGAAAUGUUCCGGAGAACGAGAGCGAAUUUGGAAUAAUGUUGCAACGAAAUCCGAACUCGGCUCAAUUGUGGAUUCGAUUUAUGGGCUAUUUCCUCAACAAAAAUGACUUGACAUCAGCUAGAAGCACAGCUCAGAGGGCACUAAAGAGUAUCAAUUAUCGCGAAGAUACGGAGCGAUUGGCUAUGUGGACAGCAUAUCUGAAUAUGGAGAUUUCAUUCGGAAGCGGUGACUCCUGGAAGCCAGUUUUUGAAGAAGCGUGCAACAAUGCGGAUUCGCUGAAGAUGCACAAGCAAACGGCUGCGGCUUUGGCACUGAAGGGGAGAAAUGAGGAGGCGGAUGAGAUCUAUAAUCAACUGGUCAAACGGUUCCGCAAAUUCAGUGAUGAGGUAUGGAUUCUCUACGCGUCGUUCUUGAUGUCAACAAAACGCUUUGAUGAGGCGAGGGAUUUGCUGAAGAAAGCGCUCAAUUCAGUUCCAAAAGCAGAACAUGUUACGCUCAUUUCUCGUUUUGCGACACUCGAGUUUGAGAAAGGAGACAUGGAACGAGGAAGGACAUUGUUCGAAAAUGUGCUGAGCAAUUUCCCCAAGAAGGUUGACGUCUGGAGCGUGUACUUGGAUUUGACAAUGAAACACGAUGCUCAGGACAAAAUAAGGAAUUUGUUCGACCGAAUUUGCUCGCUCUCGCUCACCAACCAUAAAUUGAGGCCGUUUUACAAAAAAUGGGCCGAGUAUGAAGCUAAAUUCGGGGACGAGAAGACGCAAAACGAGCUUCGUGAACGAGCCGCGAAACUCCUUCGAGCGGAC